AUGGUCUUCAUUCUAGGCGUCAACUUUUCCGAGCAAAAGCUCGUAAAGAAGGCACUCGAGUCCUUCUUCGCCCUCGGACCGACCACAUCUUCCCGCAUCCUGGCCAAAUACUCCAUCUCCCCAAUGUCCAAAGUCGGCGCCCUGCCACCGAAAACCAUCACGGCCCUCACAGCAGAGUUAUCGACCAUGACAAUAGAGAGCGACGCGCGGAAGAUAAUACAACAGAACGUCAUGAGACUAAAAGACAUGGGAAGCUACCGGGGAAGAAGACACGCCAUGAACCUCCCCGUCAGAGGACAGCGGACGAGGACUCAGAUCGAGUCGGCGAGGAAGCACAACACUGCGAACAGGCGAUGGUAA